AAACAGAAUCGGUAUAUUCACUUUAUUCGCAUCACUAGUUUUGGGCUGUCACUUUGACGUCUAAGUUUUUUGACAUAUCUCUCUCGCGUACGGGGGGAGAGCGUUGCGACCACGUUUUAAAUUUUAUAUUAUCAACAAAAACAUGCGGUGAUUUCAUUCUCAGAUUACGUAGAUAACUCGAGUAUAUCGGGCGCGUUUCGCAAUCGGCUAACUUUAGUUAAUUUUACGCCGGUAAAAUACAAAUAUUACAUAAUGAAUACAAGUGCCUGCAACUGUGAUGAGGGUCUACUGGUGGGCAUCGGGAACCCCUUGCUGGAUAUUUCAGCUUCUGUAGAUGAUGCUCUGCUCGCCAAGUAUGAUAUGAAGCCAGAUGAUGCCAUCAUGGCGGAGGAAAAACACAUGCCACUGUACAAGGAACUUAUGGAAAAAUAUAAAGCGGAGUUCAUAGCUGGCGGCAGUGUCCAGAAUACCCUCCGUGUCGCGCAGUGGAUCCUCAAGAAACCCGGUGUUUGCACUUAUUUCGGUUGCGUCGGGAAUGACGAGUAUGCUAGGAUACUCGAGACAAGAGCCGUUGCCGACGGCGUGAUCGUAAAAUACCAGGUGACCGACGAAGCACCCACAGGUACCUGCGCGGUACUAGUUACCGGUACCCAUCGCUCGCUCUGCGCGAACUUGGCCGCAGCGCAAAAGUUCACUCCCGUGCACCUCGCCAAGGAGGAGUGCCAAGCGGUCAUUAAGAAGGCGAAGUACUUUUAUACAUCAGGUUUCUUCGUAGCAGUAUCUCCCGAGUCCAUUCUCCAACUAGCGGAGCGUGCGCGCUCGGGCGGCCACGCCUUCAUCAUGAACCUGAGCGCGCCGUUCGUCUCACAGUUCUAUAAGGAUCCGCUGGAGAAGAUCCUGCCAUAUGUUGACGUGCUCUUUGGCAAUGAGAGUGAAGCCGAAGCCUUCGCGACAGCGUUCGGCAUCAAUGAAAAGGACCUCCAAGCGAUCGCCCUCAAAAUAUCGACCAUGCCCAAACUCAACCCCUCCCGACCCCGCGUCGUAGUCAUCACCCAGGGCUGCGAGCCCGUCAUACUCGUCGAAAACGAUAAAGUUACCUUAGUACCUGUCAACAAACUGUCAAGGGAACAAAUCAUAGACACGAACGGAGCGGGCGACGCGUUCGCGGGCGGGUUUUUAAGCCAAAUGGUCUUGGAGAAGGAUUACACGACUUGUGUUAAGUGUGGUGUGUACGCGGCUACGCAUGUGAUACAACAGUCUGGGUGCACGUUAAACGGCGUAAGCGACUUUAAAUCUAGCUAGAUAGGAGUUUUUUUUUUAUGUAAGGAAAGGUAGAUGGUUUAAGAAUGCAUUGAAAAACACAAACAGAUUUGAAUAGUUUGGCUAGUAACUACAAAUACGAUGUGAUAGAUGCUUCUGCAUUCCACAUGAUCCUAAAAUGGAAAUCUUAAUCUCUAAUGUCACGGAAUAAAUUUAGAAUAUAGGGACCGUGCGCGUUGGAGGGUCUGCUAUCUUGUGGCCUGAAUCGGAACAAUAAAUAUGUAUAGUUACACGCCACGCGUCUUCUUGUGCAUAGUAGGUUCUGCCAUCUUGUGGGCUACGUCGGAACAAUAAACAUCACAUUUACGCCUCGCGCCAAAAAUCUGACGGCUCCUGUGCUGCCUCCUACAGUUUAUGCACGCUCCCUAUAGAGGCAGAUAAAUAAUUAUAAAGCCUGUCAAAGUUAUCGUCCCAUUGAACAUUUGAAUUUCGCGCCUUUUCCUUCUGACAAAGUUUUAUGACUGGCUAUAGAUUUUCUUCUUUUUGCGCCAUAAAACCUGGGCCAUAGACAAUAUUAUCAAUUUAUUCCAUUACCAAAGAGAUUCCGAUUUCUAAUUUCAGACCGUGUGGUAUGGAGGGCAGAGGUAAGGAGAACAAUCUCUUAUGGGGGAACUGUCGCUAAAGUGUCCAGCUGGCAGCUGUAAAUAAUAGUUCGAAAUCUCUCCGGUGGCGCUAGGGUAGUAAAAGGACAUGACAUGAACUUGGACGUUAUUGACGGAGUGAAGUGCGCUGUCAGUCAUUUGAAUUUUUUAUCAAAGUCAAUUAUUUGUUGGCGAUGUAUCCUGACGCCACCUAUUUAGGGUUCUUUGAUGGACACUUUUCAUACACGUAGAUUGUUCUCCUUACCUCUACACUCCAUACCGUGUGGCUUGCGCGUUAUAUGAAUAAAAAAAACAUAAAUAACCAUAAUGUCUGAACUGUAAGAUUAUGACUACAUAAAGACCAUUUCUCAAGACCAUACAAAGAAAAAAAAAAAAGACCAUUUACUUUUCUUAUUUCCUUUUUUCACGGCAUUAUUUUGUAAAUUAAGAGUAAUGUGUAAAUGCAAAUGGGCAACGCAAUACCGAACCACUUAGUGAUAUUAACCUGUUUGUAGAUAACGCAUAAAUAAUUAGCACUUAUCAGCCGACACGUGAUAAUUAUUAACAAUGCAACUGCAAUAGAACUUUAACUUUUAGAACACCAACACUUUGGUUAAACAGUUAAUGGAGCAUUCCAUGAAAUUGUCUACAGUUCCCGUCCAAACGCGAAUUACUUGAAGAUUUGCAGGUACAAGAGUUUCCUUUUCUGAAACUAAUGGUCAAAAUUAUGCACAGAAAAAUAAUAACUUGCUUUAAACACCGAAAUAAAGUAAAAUGCGUUCGUACGGGACAGCCCGUGGAAUGCUCGUUAUCUGCCUCAAUUUGUUGUUAUUGCUAUCUAUUGACUCCAAAAUGUUACCAGAGAUUUUUUCUUACAGCAGACCUGAUUUUUUUUUGUAGUUACAUACCAUUGGGAACAACUUGGUGGUAACAUCUGGCAAUUACCAGAUAUUUUUAAUGCUUGUGUGAAUGUUACUAUAUUGGCACGUAUACUACUGAAACGGGAUGUUCAGUGGGAAGGAGCCCUAAUAGAAGGAAAGUGAGUAUUGUGCAAUAAAAAUACGAGUACCUUGGUUGUUGUAACUGUUAUAUUGUAUGAAUCGUACAGCUGUAUAAUAAAACCAAACUAAGUACUUAGUUGUGACUUGUUAACACAAGUCUACUUUUAAACAGAUUUAUCGAAUAUAAAGAAGAUCUGAUGUCAAUUACAUGUAUUAAAUGAGUGAUAUUAUGUUUUCUGUAAACUUAAGUAAGUACAUUGUUACAAAAAGCAAUAUUAGUGUAUCACGAAAAAUGUCGGGUUUAUUUAAGAAAUAAUAAAAUGUUCUUAGUUCUCUUAACCUAAGUAAUAAAAAUAAAAGUCAAAACUAGUAAUAAAAUCUAGCAUCUGAGCAAUACUUAGUUACGGUAAAAUUUGUCUUAAACCUAAAUUGUAUGGCCACAUAAACUAACCUAAAGAGUUUAAAGAUACACGGGUUUACCUUUGUUACAAAUGUCUAAGUGUAAUACCCUUACACUAAUGGUUUUUGUGAUAUAGUACAUAUUUCUAGAUCAAAUCCACUUUUUCCUGGAAAACGGACCAAAAUUGACCAAUGUAAUUCUAAAAUCGAGUUAUAUCCUGCUUGUAUUUCUAAAGAGCAGGAGUAGGGAAUGCUCUCGGUACUAAAUUUGUAUGCCAAGAAUCAGCAAUUCCCGGUUUCGGGACGAAUUUUGUAUAGAAAACCAGAGGGCGUAUCGCGAAUAUCGAAACCCGAAAUUUCAGCACCUGCCCCUCUGUUGCACGGGUAUGGAAGAGCGAUAGGUGCAUGCACUAAAGUCUGCAUCCAAUUCGCACGUCGCUCCAAUGUUUGAGCGAGACAACGCUAUGCGCGCAUUAUACCGAAAUCCCGCAUGCAGUGUGCUUUAGGGAGGCAGAUAUCGUUUUUCUGGGUAGGCCCUCACCUCAGUUUAUUGAGCACACCCUAAGCCGGAGCCAGCUAUGUGCCACGGUGAGGUGGUAAUUGGACAUUACUAAUGUCUACCUAUAUUCUAUUUUUUUUGCACAUAGCUGCCUCCUGCUCUUCAGGACUGCAAGUAGCAGUAUUCUUUUAAAGAAUGAUUCUUAAUCAUCUAAUGAAUAAUAAAUAGGAAAACUGACACAUUCAGAAACAAAUAAAGACAGCAUAAACAUGUUCAGAAAUAAACAAAUAAAAUUUGGAAAGUAUACAACAGUAUAAAAAAUAUGUUAAAUAGUUUACAUGAAUAUUAUCAAGUCAGUCAGUUAUAUUAUAUGCCUAUAGUUCUAUAGCUUUGAUGGGCCAGCCAAGAUAUGGUAAAAAGCUAUUAUGCUAUUUUAAACUCUACACUAUAGUAAGCUAUUUAUGUAAAGCAUGAAUGUUGACAAUUAUUAAUACUUAAUUAAAUUCAAACUAUCUUAAGUUCAGGCUUAAUUCUAAAUCAGUCUGUGUAAGAUCUCAGGUUUACACCAAUUACCUAUUGAAUGGUAGAAAUAAAAACAUAUGAAAGAGAAAAUAAAGUUAACACUAUCAAACUAUAUUGGCAAGUAAUAGUUAAACUAUCUUGCAGUAAUAAAAAACUUGUUAAUUAAAAUCUUAAGAUGAAACAUUUAACAAUAAUACCAGAUAUAUCUCCAUACAAAUGUAUAGGGUGAAUCAACUUUUAGAGCACUGAUUUCGUGUCCCUAGCUCCCGAAAAAAGUUUGCUCCCAUAUAAAAAUUAGAACACACCAUUUUUGUAUGGGAACAAACUUUUUUUCUGCUGCAUUACCAAAUGUAACUUUUAAUAACUUUUAAUGUGUUAAUUAAAUACAUAUGUAUCUAAUAAUGCCUGUGUAAACAAAAAAAUUAUUAAAAAUCGAUUUUUCUUCGCUAGGGACACAAAAUAAGUGUUCUAAAAGUUGAUUUACCCAUUAGAUAAUAGUAUAACACAUUCUUAUGAAAAACUUAUAUCAGGAUAUAAGUAUUUUAUAUGAAACUGAAAUGAUUUUGCGUCGAUGGAGCCUCCAUUGAUGCAGAAUCAUUGUUUAUCUAUAAAAACUAUAUCAUAGCGGACAAUAUGCACCGUCCAGUCGGGGGCGUUCUUCUCCUCAUCCCCUAAUAAAGGCAUACAUCUGUAAACUUCCACUAUAAUGAAGUCUUUUAUAUGGUUCAACAUCUUUGUAAUCCCCCUUGUAAUUCUUCCAGAGUAUAAAUCAGGAUUUAUCCUAAAAAUUACCUUGGGAACAUCAUUCAUGUUGAGAUCAUAACUUUUAUUUUUGAUUUUAAUACUGUUUAAUUUUGACUCUUUCCUCUUCUUGUUUCUUGUAGACCUGUAAAUAGAGUGGUUUUACAUUUGUUGAUGAAAUACCAUGUUAUGAUUGUACUUAUGUUUGUAUUUGUUGUAGAAUAAAGGAUUUUUCUAAUA